UGGUUGUUAUCGUCUCCAAGGGGUUGGGUUUUGCUGUUAAAAUACAUCUUUAAGAUUUAACAAUUUGUUUUAAUAACUGCUGCAGUUUUUUACUUUAUGAAUAUUAUAAUAGGCCUAAACGAAUAAAUCGAUUUUAUAUGGUUUAUGAGAAAAUCAUAGAACCUGGAUUGCCAUUAGCAUGAUUCCGUUAGAAUACCAGUCUGCAUGUAAUCCUGUAAACUUUGUUGCUCAGGAUGCUUGCAAACCCCAUUACCAUCAUGGUUGUGAGAGCAAGCAUGAUGGCAAUACAUUCCAAGAGACGAUGGCAAACCAGAAUACAACAGUGGAGACUGAUUGCAGCAACUUUGACAUUGUCAAAGCCACCCAGUACGGUUCGCUGGAGCGUUGUCGACAGCUGGUGGAGGCUGGGUACGAUGUGAAUCAGCCUGACAAUGAGACAGUCACGUUGCUACACUGGGCUGCCAUCAACAACCGUCUGGACAUCAUCAGGUACUACGUGUCCAAGGGAGCUGUGGUGGACGCUGUAGGCGGAGAACUUCUAGCCACCCCCCUCCACUGGGCCACCAGACAAGGUCAUAUUGGCAGUGUCACGUUGCUGAUGCAGUAUGGUGCUGAUCCUUCGCUGAGGGACGGUGAGGGCUGUUCCUGCAUCCACCUGGCUGCCCAGUUUGGCCACACGGCCAUCGUGGCCUAUCUGGUGGCCAAAGGUGUCAAUCCUAACAUGCAAGACCGCAACGGCAUGACUCCUUUGAUGUGGAGCGCUCAUAAAGUACACAGUUUAGAUCCGACCAGGCUACUGUUGACGUUUGGGGCCUCCACCACCAUACAAGACAAGUACCAACAGAACACUGCGCUGCACUGGGCUAUCCUCUCUAAGAACCACACGGCUGUUAGCACUCUAGUCAUGCACGGAGCUAGUCUCGACAUCGCUAAUGCACAGGGGGAAACUCCAUUCUCGUUGUUGAGUUCACCAAAGGCCUCUUCAUGGGUCGGCAAGAAAGUUCUAGAGAAGGUUGUUGAACAUUCUGGUGCUCACACUAGACAGAACUUCUGUAGAAGGUUCACCAGUGAUAAGAGGAUAAGAUAUUGGUGCAUGGUGGGAACACCUUUCCUAGCGUUCUACGCCAUCGGGGUCACUCUACAAACGAACCUACCUUACCCAGUCAAAAUAGCCAUCCUAGUCAUCGGUUACAUCGGCAUCUAUUUUGCUGGCAGAUACGUUUUUGAUGACAGGCUUAUGAAUCUUCUUCCAAUGUCUGUGUACUUAGCUACUAAGUUCUGGUUCUACGUGACCUGGUUGCUGUGGGUCGCUCCUGCAGUUGACUUCCUAGAGUCCCUGUUGUUCCUGUCCAGCUCGCUGCUUCUCUGGCACUUCUUCCUCAAAUCCUGGAGAGGGGAUCCUGGGGUCGUGGCUGCUACGCAGGAUCAGAAGUUCAGGACAAUAAUUGAGCUGGCGGAGAGGGGAGGAUUUGAGCCGCAAUGGUUCUGCAGUUCCUGCCUUGUGCGUAAGCCAAUCCGCAGCAAGCACUGCUCAGUCUGUAACCGCUGUGUUGCUAAGUUUGACCACCAUUGUCCCUGGGUAGGCAACUGUAUUGGUGCUCACAACCAUCGCCACUUCAUGGGCUACCUGCUCAUGUUGCUGGUCAUGUGCGUGUUCCUGUUGUAUGGCUGUACACAGUUCUGGCUCACUGCUGUGUGCUUCGACAUGUCCCAGCCAAGGCCUCAUUUCUGGACCGUGGACCUGAUAGACUCAGGUAUGUGGCAGUAUGCUCAGUGUGACUCCUGGGUGGCCUGGGUGGCUGCCAAUGCCUUCCUUCACUCCAUCUGGGUGGCUACUCUCUUUGGCUGUCAGCUAUAUCAGAUAUCGGUGCUGGGUAUGACAACCAACGAACGUAUGAAUGCCGGCAGAUACCGACACUUCCACGGCACCCCUGGCACUACCAGGAGCCCCUUCCACCGUGGCAAGUGCCAAAACAUUGUAGACUUUGUACAGUGGCGAUGCUUUGGACUCUUCCGUCCCGAUCCUACUGACUGGAUGACCAGGUAUCACGUUCGCAGUCCAAUUGAGCAAGAACCUCUUCUCAACAGCAAGGACAAUUUCCAAUAUGUCUAACCGACCGUGGUUUGUUCAUUGUUUUAUACCGGCUGUGGGAAUUUAUUUUGUAUCUAUGUCGGCUGACAUUCGAUAGCCUAGUCUUAUUUAUUAACAUUUAGUUAGAUUAUACCUCUUUCAUAUGUGAUUCAAGUAUAAUUAAAACUAUGCAGAGAAACUUAGUAAUAUUACUAUAUAGUCUGGUUACAAUAUUUUAUACAAGCAUUAUGAUCAAUUUUCAUAUUAAAUAAAUCAAUAAUAUAGAUUAAAUAGAUUAUUAUUUUUUAAAGUUUAGAGAAUGUAUUUGUUAAGUGUUCAGAUGGUUUUUAAAAUAAUCAUGGACAACGCCCAUUAAUCAGUAUUUUGGUAAAAAUGACAAAAUAAUUUCGCUAUAUACAUAAUCUUUUAACACUAUAAUCAUAUAAAAUAAUGUAAAACAAUUAUUUUUUCCUACAGUUAACUUACCUGACAAAGCAGGCUUCCUUGCAAUGAUUAUAGCACACAAAGUAGCUAAUUGCUGCAUUUACUUACUUUUUCCUACAGUUACCUAACAAUGUACAUGUUCUCUCACUGAUUUGAGAAAGCAAAGUGGCCAAUUCGCUCAUCAGUGAGACAAUGUUAACAUUGUCAUGCAGGCAACAUGCAGGCAACGUCGUAUGCGCGCGAAAUACGUUGGCAGCACUGGCUGUAUAUCAGCUGGUCAGCUGUUGUACUGUUGUAUUUGUCACUUCACAUUAAAUGUUAUAUUAAAAGUUCACUUCUGUGUAAAAAUAGGUUAUGUUUCUUCACAAUUUAUUUGUUUUAUGGUAACUGUAGGAAAAGUAUAAUGUGUAACUUGAGUUCAAAGUACAAUUGACUCACUUAAGAGAAAUCCUUACUCACGAGCCGUAGGCGAGUGAGGAAUGGUUUCUCGAGUGAAGCACUUUUCUCACUAGUUGCACAAAUAACUAUUACCGCACUCAUUUUACUUGCCACACUCCAGUUUUCCAACCAAACAAAACAAUAGAGUGUGCUUUUAUAAGACACCUAAUAGUGUAUGCUUGAAAAUAAAUCGGCAACACCAAAGAUACUACGAUCAGCUGGUGCAGCGUUUCACAGCUAUUUAGUAUUGAUACUACGACUUAACCUGUUGUUUCAUGUAACGUUCUAUUGUUGUUCAACGCUUGGAUUUAACCUUACCUAAAAUGUGUUGUUUAGUGUUUAAAAGACUUAAAGAUUGAUAUGAUUUGUUUAUAGUAACUGUAGGAAAACUAUAAUGUGUAAGGUGAGCGCAAAGUCCUACUUUGUGCAUUAGUUACAAAAAUAACUAUUAUUUUUAUAUUCCAAUACCAGUGGCAUAUUUAAGUUUUUUUUAUUGAAAGUUCAAACCCUGGUCUUGUUAGUAUUUAUUUUUAGUACUUUUCUAUUAUAUCCAGUAAUGUAUUAUGUUAUUUUCUUGUUAGUUAAAUAACUAUUGAAUACUUAAGAAAAGUUAGAAAUAAAACCAUUACUGUCUAGUCUACUUUGGUCCAGUUAUGUCGUAUUUGGAAACAAUUUCUCUAAAUAUUGUUGACGAGGGAUUCUUUCCUCCAAUAGCAAUUUGUUUACCAUUUCUUGCUUGUUGUUAUUAUUUUGUACAUAUCAGUUUUAAUUAUUUAAUAUUUAUCUAAAAAAAUAACAAGAUUUUAAUCAACUUUUGCAUAGAGGCUCUGAUUUUACCUUUUUUUGUGAAUAUCAAGGCAAUUAUGGAAUCAAAUAGUUUAAUAAUUUAGUUUUGUAAUUAAAUUGAACACGCUUCUUUAUUUAAUCGUAAUAUGCACAUGCAUUAGAAAGGAAAAAUAUUGCUUUAUGAUGUUGUAAAAAUUAUAUUUUA